AUGUCAGAGGCUUACCAAAGAAAACAAGUUGAUGGACGUACGCAUAGAACAAAGGCUAAACAGAGGAAUGACGGAAAGUGUAUACAACCACAGCUUUACAUAAAACCUAUGUCAUUGAGAAGAAACAAAUCUGUAGGAGUAUGUGGAAGAAAUAGUAAGAAUCCAUAUGGUAGAAUUAAUAGAAAUGAGCUGAAUUAUCCAUCUGUAUUCAACGACCUCACUAGGAAAGAAAUGAAGGGUCUGCUUUACUAUUUGUACUCAAAUAAGGAACUUAAUCUCACAAAAUUCAGUAAUGCGACAAUCAGGAGUAACUACAUUUACUUAGCAGAACUUUAUUUGCCACCCAAAGAGGCAGUCUUGAAUUAUAUAGAUAAUGGAUUUACAAAACCACCAAGAGAAGCUCACGUGAUAUUAAUAAGAGGAGGAGAUUCUAAACCAAAUGUUAUUGAAAUAGUUGUUGGACCACUUCCGUUUCCUAACGGUUAUCGACUGGUUCCUUAUCGACCACAACCAAUUCCAUUCUUUCAAAGACCAAUUACAUCUAUUGAAAAUAUUUCCCAAAAACUUAAGGAAAGAAUAAACAAAGAAUUCGGGAAGGCACUUCAUGAUUUAUACGGCGGUACAUUUAUCAACUGUCGUAAUAAAUGUUUAGAUGUGUCUAUCAGCGUUCAGGUUCCGAUUACAACGUUAGACGGAAAACGUUUUUAUUGGUACACUUUUUAUCAAAACUUUGAAUAUAGCAUUUUAAGACCAAUAGAUUUUGAAGUUUAUGUAGAAACCCGUUUUGAAAAUUUUAAGAUCUUGAAAAUUUGGUUUUAUGGAAGAAUUUUUGAAACAUGGAACAAAGUGAGAGAUUUUUACAGAAGAAAUAAACUCGUCUUUAAAAAAAUACCUUUUCCAAGAGGAUCGAUGAAUAUUCCACUUACUAUGAAACGAAGGGGGAAUCCUCCCUUCUCAAAUCCAUUACGAAAUCCUUCACAAAUUUCUCCUGAUGGAAAAAGAUACAACAUCAAAGGAAGGAAAGUAACGUACAUGUUUUGGGAAUUUGAUAUAGGUAUGUCAAUAAUUACAGGACCACGUUUAUUCGAUAUAAGAUUCCAAGGUCAGCGUAUAGUAUAUGAAAUUAGUCUACAAGAAUUAACCUCUUUUUAUUCUGGAUACAAACCAACGGAACAAAACUUUCGGUUUUUCGAUUCAAGAUUUUUGCUAGGCUUAAGAGCAAAAUAUUUAAUGCAUGGGGUUGACUGUCCAAAUGAUGCAACAUAUAUAAGUACAUACUUUUUAGACGGAAGCUCCGACACUCCAGUUUAUAAUUCACGUGCGUUUUGUGUUUUUGAACUUAACACGGGACUCCCAUUAAGACGUCAUCAUGGGUAUUCUUCAACUUCGUCUCACAGAUUUUACGAGGGUAUGGUUAGUGUUGUAUUAACUGUCAGAACUAUCAUCACCGUCUUCAACUAUGAUUACAUUAUAGAUUUUAUAUUUUAUCCCACUGGUGGAAUAGAAGUAAAGGUCACUGUUUCCGGUGUAAUAAUCGCAGCAUAUCAUGGACGUAAAAAUCCAUACGGUUUCGAAAUUAGUAAACAUUUAAUGGGCCUGAUUCAUCAACAUUUAUUUCAUUUUAAAGUAGAUAUGGACAUAAAAGGAAAAUUCAACAGAUUCGAAACAAUUGAUAUUGAAAAUGAUGCCGUUUCGAAUCCUACAUAUACAAAUUCAGAUUCCAACAUUCAACAAUUGAGAUUUGAAAGAAAAUUGAAAGUAACUGAGAAGCAGGCCGUAUAUAAACACAACUUUAAGCAACCUAAAUACCUUGUGAUAUCUAAUGAUAAUAUAAAAGAUAAAUUCGGCAACACACCCGGUUAUAGAAUAGUAAAUAAAGGUAUGACAUAUAAUAUAUACCCGACAGGAACAAGGUACGAACCAGGAAUCACUUGGUCGCGCUAUCAAGUUGCUGUUACCAGACGAAAGGAUAAUGAGCCGGGAAGCAGUUCCAUAUACCAAACUAAUAAGCCAGAUGAGCCUGUAGUAAGAUUUCAGGAUUUUAUUGACGAUGAUGAAAAUAUUGUUGACAAGGACAUCGUAGCAUGGAUUGCAAUGGGAUUGUACCAUAUACCAAUAAAAGAAGACCUACCAGUCACUCAUACUCCAGGUGAAAGUCGCAGCUUUUUCUUGCUACCAUUCAAUUACUUUGAUGAGAAUCCAGCAAUGGCAUCUCGUAACGCAAUACGAAUAGACCCGAUAGACAUCGAAGGUAAAACGAAGUCGCUGAAGGUAGAACGUUACGGUGUAAGUGAUGACAUUAAUUGUAUACCACCAAAAUAUAAUUAUGACCAAUUGAUGAAGAGAAAUCCUUGCCAAGUUGUGGAAUGUUUGGAUCCAGAGAAAAAUAAUAGAGUUAAAUCACAUGUUUUCCAGGAAUUUCGUUGGCAAUAA